AUUCCUUCUCCAGAUGCGAAUGGUACUUUCUAAGUCUAUUAGAAUUGCCUUGAAUCACCUCCUUGCUGAAAAAAGGCCAAGUCUUAUCACAGCAAUUCCAACAUUUCAAAGCAUGGAAUCUUUAUUUAUCCAAAUUCUGACCUGUUUGGUCAUUUUCCCCGACAUGAAAAAGUAAAAUUUGCUCUUAUUCUAUUCCCUUAUUACUAGAAUCUCUAACUGUAUAGCUAGCUAGACCUAAAUUCACAGAUUCUGGCACUGUCGUUCCGGUCCCAAAGCAAGGGUGAUUAAACUGAUUCGGGGACGGUGCUGAAAGAGAAGAAGUUGGGCUUGAGGAGGAAGGGGGACCAGGGUUUGGAGAGAGCCAAAGAGAAGAAAAGAACUAGCAAUUGGGUGCCUGUGGGGAGGAGACUGCUGAGAAAUCCCAAGCUUCUGACUUGCAGCCUAGACUUUGCCACCCACUUGCUGUACCAGGACUAAUUACUGUGCGUCUCAGAGCCCGGCUGCUUUUCUCUGCAAACCUUGCCUGGCAAGGUUCGUCAAACGCGUUUCCGGGCUCUUUGCCAGGCCCAAGUAGUUUUUCCUCUCGUUCAAGGCUACUUCUUCAAGUUGGUCUUUGUCCAUUUUUUUAAUGUCCCGCAGGAUGGAACUGAGCCGGAAGCUCCUAGCCGGAUGCCUUCUUCUGACUGUGUGUGUGAUGAUCAGCUCCGGCCAGCACUGGUCCUACGGCCUCCGCCCGGGAGGGAAGAGGGAUGCUGACAAUGUGAUCGAUUCGUUCCAAGAGAUGGCCAACGAAGCGGACCAGCUGGCAGAACCUCAGCGUUUUGAAUGCGCCAUUCACCAGCCACGUUCCCCACUCCGGGAUCUGAAGGGGGCUUUGGCCCGCUUGAUGGAAGAAGAAGCCGGGAGGAAGAAGGUUUAAUUCUAAUGGAUGAAGAGAAUUUCCCAACAUAGCUCUGUCGUGAUGAUUGUCAAAAUGUGUCGUGAGACCUUUGGAAACUUCUCCAAUCCAAAACAUGUUUCCGCAUUGAAAAUCCUUUGGAAUCGAGAGCCCUGUUCUGAAUAAAGUAGUUAUCAAUGUUU